AUGGCGACGGACAAUGCGAGCGUCCCUCCGCACGCGGCGCACGUUCCGCGCGUGCUCUUCGAGCGCAUCGCGCGCGACCCCGCCUCGGCUGGUCGCCCUCACGCGUUCACCGCGGACGCCGCCGUGGUUGCCGUCGACAUCUGCGGGUACGUGCCGAUGACCGCCCGCGCCAUGUUGGGGGUGCUGCGAAGGGAGCGGAGCGUCGUGAGGCCGGAACGGCUCCGCGGCUCGUUCGGCUCGUCGUCGUCGUCGUUCGAUCGGUCCUUCGACGGCGACGUCGACGUUGGGGACGAACCCGCGCGAAGGUCAUGGUCCCCCCGGUCGUCCGGGUCGUCCUCCCCCGGGUCCGAGCGCGACGAUCUCAUUUGCCACAUGAGCGUCGCGGGGCUGACCGGCGAGGAGGCUCGAAACGUCGUCUCCGCGUGCUUCGCCGCCGUCAUCGAAGAGAUCCAUCGACGCGGAGGGGACGUGCUCAAGUUCGCGGGGGACGCCCUGUUCGCCGCUUGGAUCGCGACGGAGCGCGAGUCCCUCGGCGACUGCGUCGCUCGAGCCACGCGAUGCGCCCUCGCCGUGCACGCGCGCGUCGCCGCGGGCGACGACCAAAAACCCGCGCAAACCCAAAAACCGGGGAUGACGGGGACGACGACGAAGACCGAGCUGAAGGUCUGCGUCGGCGCCGGCAGGCUGUGCGCGUUCAACGUCGGCGGCGUCGGGGGUAAGUGGGAGUUUGUGUGCGCGGGCGAGCCCCUGGCGCAGAUCGCGCGCGUGAUGCCCGCGGCGACGGGGGGCGGUACGCUCGUCAGCGAAGAGGCGUUUUUGGCGUUUUCGGCGAAAAGCCCUCGCAGUUCCUCCCGGGUUGGCCGGAACGUUCGCUUCGCCGCGGCUGACACCGAGCGCGGGUACCGACUCGUCACACUCGGUCCAUGCGAUGACGAGGAAGAGGAUGACGAGGACGACGACGAAGGAGACGUCGCGAGGAGGAGGAGGAGGACGACGGUGACGCCGACCCCCGAGGACAUCGCCGCUCGCCACGCCCCCGGGGCGCCGAAUGAACGAGCCGAGUGGACCGCCGCCGUGGCCGCUGCGUGCGCGUCGCACGUCCCGCCGCCCGCGGAAGGAGGAGGAGCUCCUUUGGCUUCUAUUGAUCCGGGUACUCACGGCCGCGGAGGGAUCCAUCACUCGGAUCCAUCGCUCGACGAGUGCCAGUGGAUCGGCUCGAUUCGUCGGUGCUCCGUGGCGUUUGUUCACUUUGAGGGCGUCGACUUGAACGACGUAGACGAGCGCACCGGGGCGUGUCUCGGGCUCCCGUCGCUGCAACGAGCGGUCGUAACGAUGCAACGGGCGCUGAGUCGGACGCGGGGGGCGUCGAGGCAGGUGCUGGUAGACGAGAGGGGAUCCGCGCUCGUCGCAGUCUUCGGAGCGGACGCCUCCGAGCGCCAAUCUUCGGGAAACGGCAUAAAUGAUGAGCCUUCGACGGAUCCGUACGGCGCCGAUGGGGUCGGUCGAUCCAUUCGCGGCGUCUCCGACGCGUGCGCCGCCUCCAACACGUGCGCCUCGGACGCCACCCUCGCCGCCGUGGACAUCGCGCGCGAACUUCGCGGCGUCGGCCUCCGGGUCGCGUGCGGCGUGAGCACGGGGGACGCGUUCUGCGGGUUGGUUGGAUCGAUCGAUCGAUGCGAGUGGGCCGUGUACGGGGACGUCGCGAACGUCGCGGCGAGGCUGUGCCACCACGAGCGCAACGCGGGUGUGCUGGUGUGCGACGCGACGCGAGACGCGUGCGAGGAGGAGACGCGCACCCGCGAGGGGGGGAGCGGGAACGUGGAUUUUUUCGAGACGGCGUCGCCGCUGCGGAUCAAGGGCAAGCGUCGCGCCGUGGUCGCGCACGAGCCCCGCGCGAGGGACCCGGCGAGCGACCCGUCAUCGGAGGCGAGCCCGCGCCUGACCACCGGUAGCCGGCGGCUCAGACGCACCGGGAGCCUCGCGGCGGAGCUCGAUACGCUCAGGCGACGGAUGGACGCGAUGCCGGGGGAUGUGCGGCGGGUGGCGAGAACCGCGGCGGUCAUCGGCGGCGACGUCGACGUCGAACUCCUCGCGGACAUAGUCGAGCGGACGUCGUACAUGUCGAACGAACGCGGACAUCACGUACGGCGCCGCGUGGACGCGUGCGUGAGGGUACUGACCGAGCGCGGCGUGCUCGUGGAGGUAUCCGGGGGACCAAACGGCAGGGCGAAUCGGGGCGGUUGCGCGACGGUGAGGUUCGCGGAUGAGCUCACGCGAAAGGUGACGUACAGCUCGCUCACCGACGCGGCGCGGCGGCCGCUGCACGGCGCGGUGGCGGCGGCGAGGGAGGUCGCGCUCGGGGUGGGUUCCGGGCCGGUUCGGGGAGGGAUCGGAACGAUCCGGGGCGGUCGUCGCGUUGGGUCUCGAACUCUGGGCCCCGAGGACGCGAGCGAGCUGGCGUACCACUGGAACAGAGCCGGAAGGGUCGAUCGCGCGGACGAGUACCUCGAGCUCGAGACGGAGGAGGAGGAGGCGGCGGCGUUGGGAGAGGAGGACGCGUUGGACAUCGGGGACUUGUCGGAGGUGACCGUCACGCUGUCUCUCGACGGGGAAAAAGGCGGCGAAGGCGGGUCUCGCCGGAGGAAAGGGUGCUUCGCCGGGCUCUUCCGGUGA